GCAAACCUGUAUUCCAUACCCUUGGAUUAUACGAUUACGACCUUGGGACUACGUGCAAAAAUGAGCAUCGAAUCGUUUUAUGCCCACUACAUUUUUGACAAAUCAUUUAAUGAUUUAAUGUUUUAAAUCAGUCACAGAUUUGGGCUUUAGUGGUGUACACACACGAUCAGGUUAGUUUUGAAGGUGAAAUUUCAAAGUAUAAACGAUCCAAAUUGUAUCCAACUUCAUCUUUGAAAUUGAAUUUCCAAUUCGUCAGCAGACGACGAGCGCAAGCUCAUAUUUCAGUCAAACUCUAGGCCUUCUCCCAGCUUUUGAAAGACAUUACUACUUAUCAGUUACUCUAUAGGCUAGCAGUCUUCACGGAAGUCAAUUAUUACUUUCACAAAUUGAGUUGAGAAGUAUUCCAAUUUGCCCAAGAUUAUCAACCAGCCUGUUUUCACAAGAAAUUUCGUUGAGAUCAAAGAAGAGUUGAGUAGCAAUCGGAUCAGGAUGCAAGUCGGUCAAAUAGGCAGCAGAGCAGUCAUGACACUGUUUCAUAGAGGGAUCAACAUGUCCAACCAAAACAUAAAAACGUUCAGCCUCGGCCUCAGGAAAAUGGCAACAUCACCCAGUAAAAGCCUCGUCAAUUCAAGCGGAUCUAGGCCUAGUGUCGUAACACAGAUGGGACGUGCAUCUACUGGCAGACAACUUCUUCUCAGGAGUGAGCUUUCUUCUCAGCAGAUUGGCGGAAGGUGGUUAUGUGAUAAAACGAACAGAGUCGUUGAAGUGGAUGGAAAAACAAGCAAAACCCCUGAGAAAGUACAGCAAGUUGCCAGCAAUCAACAGCAUGAACACUUCAGUGCAAGAGCUCCUUCUGGUUUUGAUAAGCGUCUCCUAGUGUCCUUUGGAAAAUUCAAGAGUUCAGAAGAAGUGCCUGAUCUGGUCUCGGUGCACCUGUUGAAUGCGACGAGGAACAAGUUUCGUGUGUAUGUCAACAUGUUCAUUGCGUUCCUGACCAUGUUCGGCUGUGGGGUCAUGAUCUAUCGAGGCCACCAGAGGGCCGGCACUGGCGAAACCAUCGCUGACCACAACAUGCGUCGCCACCCACAGCACUAUAAGCAACCAGAGCAGAAAGACUGAGUAUAUUAAAAGAGAGGUAAAACUGCCACAUGUAUGUGAGCACUAGCUUGCCCAAUUAUGUAGGCAAGUGAGCAAAUGUUUGAAACAAAUAUUGCUGUUGAGUUGCCCAUACAUGGAAAUGGCAGGCACAGCAUGAUUCGACUGCUGAUUAUAAUGUGUGACACAAAUUAAGAUAAAAAGUUGUCAACAAAACUGAUUUGGGAUCCAAAAUCAUUGAAAUUUUUAGCAUAAUCAGCUUCAUUCUGGAGCCAAAUCAGUUUAGGAGCAGAAGUUUGAAAAACAUAUUUGUCUCUAGUGAUGUGAUGGUUUAUGGCAAGUAGGUUUUGACAUUGGACCAGCAAAUAAUAAUUGUAAUUUUACUUUGUAAUAUAUAUUUGCCUAGAAUUUUAGUACUUGUACUUAAUUUUACCAUUUGCAAUGGGGUGAAAGACAUUGGUAUUUACCCUGGCCAUAUAGCAAAGUGGCCUUCUAGAAAUGGCAAUCAUAGCAUCAACCAAGGACCCCAUUUACUACACCUGGGUUGAAAGAGGCAAAUGUAGGUGAAAUGCA